UUUCACUUUUUCUUCCUCUUUUCUGUUCCUUACUCGAAAUGAAGGAAAUUGCCACCACGCGCAAGAACACCAAGGCCAACCGCCACACGCCGCUCGGCACGCAAAUCGAGAUGGACGAAGCACCCAAGGUCCGCGCGCGUCCCAGGGCCGGCAAGGUCAACAAGACUGGCGAGUUUGAAGAGUUCGUCGAAGAGAAAAUGUCCAAGAAGAUUCUGUCUCAGGCACACCGACAGCUGGCUGAGCUCGAGCAUGAGGAGCUCGGCGUGAACGACCCUCUGACGGCCAAACGCCGAUUGCCCAAGCAACCCGAGGCUGCUGCUGCAAGUGCAAAGGGCAAGGCUGCUGCACAAGCCGACGACGACUCUGACGCCGAGGACGAUACUGCGGACCCGGAACUGUACCAGGACGAGGCGAGCGAGGAGAUGUUUGAGCAGACGGUCGAGGUUGACGAAGCUGACGAGCAAGCAAUGGAGGCAUUCAUGUCUCGGGAUGCCCCGGCUCGCCGCACCCUCGGUGAUAUUAUUCGCGAGAAGAUGAAGGAAAAGGAGACAGAGAUUGCCUCGCGCAUGUCAGAUGUGUCCCACCUUCCUGAACAAUCUGAGGUCAACCCCAAAGUUGUUCAAGUUUACACUGCUGUCGGCCAACUGCUCGCCAGGUACCGAAGCGGCAAAGUGCCAAAAGCGUUCAAGAUCAUUCCCUCGUUGAACAACUGGGAAGAAAUUCUGUUCAUGACCAAUCCUGACGGUUGGUCUGCCGCCGCCGUGUUUGUCGCAACCCGCAUUUUUGCAUCCAAUUUGAACGCCAAGAUGGCUCAACGCUUUUUCAAUUUGGUGCUCCUUCCGCGUGUUCGAGAUGACAUUGCCGAGUUCAAGCGCCUCAAUUUCCAUCUGUAUAUGGCUCUGAAGAAGAGCUUGUUCAAGCCUGCGGCUUUCUUUAAGGGAAUUUUGCUUCCGCUCUGCCAGGCCGGAAACUGCACCCUCCGGGAAGCCAUCAUCAUUUCCAGUGUUAUGACCAAAGUCAGCAUUCCACCGCUGCACUCGGCGGCCGCAAUGCUGCGUAUUGCCGAUAUGCCUUACUCUGGCGCCAACAGCAUCUUUUUGCGUGUCUUGCUCGACAAAAAGUACGCCUUGCCAUACCAGGUGGUGGACUCGUGCGUCUUCCACUUUAUUCGAUUCCAGAACGACCCGCGCGACCUUCCCGUGUUGUGGCAUCAAGCGCUGCUCACGUUCGUACAACGCUACAAGUCCGACCUGGUUGUUGAGCAAAAGGAGGCCCUCAUGAACCUUCUCAAGGCCAAGCCACACCCGCUCAUCACACCCGAAAUUCGUCGCGAAAUUAUGCAUUCGACCAGCCGCGAUGUGGAAGUCUCUCCAAUGGACGCAAUGAUGCCGAUUGAUAUGAACUAGUCGUUCCGGUGUGUGCUUGUAUGUCGUGCUAUAUGUGAACAAAUGCUACUGUCUGAUUCAUGGAGAAGCAUACGCAGAUAUCACCCAUGCAAGAAGCAGCCAGUGCC